AGGAACCUCUUUCGAAUGGGUUGAUGUUUCAGACGGCUGUAUUUGAGCUGCACCAAUAUUGUAGACUUCGGUUGUUAUGGUGGACAAGACUCUUGCUAUGUCUUACUAUUUGUUAUUUCUGGAAUAUAUGUGAAAGCAUGCAGACAUAACACGGACCUUUAUGGGGAGAUGUUUUGCCUGCGACUUCCACCGUGGCUUCAAGCAAGGACUCAGUUGUGUACUUUCCCUCUACAGAGAGUUCACAAGUUUGCCUCGCUGCAAGAGGCCAGACUUCGAGCCCCAAACAAAGUCCAACGCUUACUUUACCCUUUUACAGAUGUAGACGCUUAUCUGGACAGCUCUGUGGAUAGGACACAGUUCCAUCUCUUUCAGCCCUGUCUUGAUGAUGUUCUAAAAGCAGAGAGGCUCUUCUGCUCCUCACCAUCUCAUCAUAUCGAUUAUUAUAUGUCAGCAGAGCGGAUGGACCACUCGCCUGCACUGAAACAACCAGAGGUAUGUUUCAUUGGACGAAGCAAUGUGGGAAAGUCAUCUCUUAUCAAAUCCCUAUUUUCCCUGAGUCCUAAUGUGGAAGUCAAAAUCUCCAAAACCCCUGGUCACACAAAAAAGAUGAACUUCUUUAGAGUAGGUAGGGCUUUCACCAUCGUGGACAUGCCAGGUUAUGGACAUAGAGCACCCAAAGAUUUUGUGGAUAUGGUUGAACCAUAUCUCUACUCAAGGAAGAAUCUUGUCAGGACGUUCUUGUUGGUGGAUGGAAGUGUUGGACUGCAAAAGACUGACCACAUCGCCCUUGAGAUGUGUGAGGAAACUAGAUGUCCAUAUGUGAUGGUGGUAACUAAGAUUGAUAAAUGUGGUCGUGGCUCACUGCUAACAAAUUUAUUGAAUUUUCAAGACGUGAUUAAAACACAGACCACGAGCUGUUUCCCCCAGCCAUUUUUGGUCAGUUCCCUCCAGUUUUCAGGGAUCUACCUCCUGAGAUGCUUCAUCGCUCAUAUAACAGGAAAUAUCCAGUUAACAGACACCUCUCAAAUCUGAUUAUACACUCGCUUUGUGUGAAAAGGUGGCCCUAGGUGUCAUAUGACAUACUUUUUAGGUUUUUCUUGAGCGCUUUCUUGAGGAAAAAAAAUAUUAUAAUAAAUGCACACAUUUGAAGACA